AUGGCCGCUGCCAAUGCAAUCUCCACCGCAUCUAUCCUCCGCAGCCCUCGCCAGGUUCUCCAUCCCUCUUGAUUUUUCUUUUGUUCGACUUCUCGUCCUCUGCUCUUCUGUCUCUUGUUUCUGAUUCGGUCGGUGGACAGCAGGGAAGCGUGAGACGGGUGAGUCAGGGGCAGAGGCCCGGAUGCAGGGCCCCCUCUGCGAGCAGGUUCGUGGUCCGGGCUACCAGCAAAGAGAUCGCCUUCGACCAGAGCUCCAGGAGCUCCAUCCAGGCCGGCGUCGAGAAGCUCGCGGAUGCCGUUGGAGUCACUCUCGGCCCCAGAGGUAUCUGUAGAUUUCUUCCUUUCCGUUUUCCGAAGAGAAAUUAAAGAUGACACGAAAAUCUUAGACUCCACCUUCAUCUGUUUUAGGACGAAAUUGUGUUUCUCUCUUUUUUCUGGGAUUCCAGAGUGCGAGCGCCUAUCUGGUGUUCUGAUUUGUUUUAGAAAUUGGUUAAUAUCAUGCUGAUUGUUGGAUUUGCUGUCUGAAGGGAGGAAUGUGGUUCUUGACGAGUUUGGGACACCCAAGGUUGUCAACGACGGGGUCACUAUUGCUCGAGCCAUCGAGCUCGCCAACCCCAUGGAGAACGCUGGAGCCGCCCUGAUUAGGGAGGUGAGGACUCUUCAAAUUCCCAUUCUCCUUCAUUGUUCAUCAUUGAAGUGAAUCUCGGUUCCUGAAUGUUCUUCUCUGUUGUAGGUUGCUAGCAAGACGAAUGAUUCUGCCGGCGACGGAACGACUACUGCUUCUGUUCUAGCUCGGGAGAUUAUCAACCUUGGGUUGCUGAGCGUCACGUCUGGUGCGAACCCCGUCUCCAUCAAGAAGGGUAUCGACAAGACUGUCCUGGGGCUUGUGGACGAGCUCGAAAAAAGGUCUCGGCCGGUCAAAGGACGAAGUGAUAUUAAAGGUAUUCUCUCCCGAACUAUCUCCUGGAAAUGCAGCCAAAAUGUUACUUGCUUGUGGGUUAACUUGCGGUUGCUUAGCUUUUCCGAUGCUCGUGGGCUAGUUCAACAUGAAUUCACUCUUCUCUUACCAUUGAUUAGAUGUCUUUAUGCUCAUUUCCCUAUAAAUCUUGGAAAUCCAAGGAUGAUUAUCAUCCCAGGAGUAUGACUUUCCUAAAUGGGCGUUAAAUGUGCUUCUUGCAUGAAAUUCCAUGUUUUUUUUCUAUUCCCAAUAUUUCUUUUUGGAUUUUGCCUUUUUUCUGCUGAUGGAAGGAAAUUUCCUCACCUUAGAAUUGACAGGAGAAAUUCAUCCAGGAAAGAAUUACCUUCAUCUUAAAAUUUUCCCAUGCUGACUCGUGGGAUUUCUUUUUUUGCAGCUGUUGCUUCAAUCUCAGCUGGCAAUGAUGAAUUCAUUGGGACCAUGAUUGCUGAUGCCAUCGACAAAGUGGGGCCAGACGGCGUCCUGUCCAUUGAAUCUUCGUCAUCGUUUGAGACAACUGUGGAGGUUGAGGAGGGGAUGGAGGUGUGUGCCACCAUUCUUCCCAGAAUGGGCUUCAUGAAUUCUCUCUCUCUCUCUCUCUCUCUCUCUCUCGCUCUAACUCUGUCUCUGUCAGAUCGACCGCGGCUACAUAUCUCCACAGUUCGUGACAAAUCCAGAGAAGCUGAUCGUCGAAUUUGAGAACGCGCGAGUCCUGAUCACAGACCAAAAGAUCACGACGAUAAAGGAGAUCAUCCCUCUGCUGGAGAAGACCUCCCAGCUGAGGGCCCCCCUGCUCAUCAUUGCCGAAGAUGUCACCGGCGAGGCCUUGGCGACCCUCGUUGUGAACAAACUCAGGGGGAUUCUGAACGUGGCUGCAAUCAAAGCGCCUGGUUUUGGAGAGAGAAGAAAAGCCCUCCUCCAAGAUAUUGCGAUUGUCACAGGUGGGUCAUGCCUCAUGGUUCAUGUCAUUGGGUUUUUUGCCCGCUAAAGAAUGAUUUUUUUUAAUCUGAUGGGUGAGUUUGGUUUGAAUCGUAGGAGCUGAAUUCCAGGCCAAGGAUCUCGGCCUGCUGGUGGAGAACGCCUCCGUUGAGCAGCUGGGUAUCGCCAGGAAGGUGACCAUCUCUCAGAGCUCCACCACCAUCAUCGCUGAUGCCGCCAGCAAGGACGAGAUCCAGUCCAGAAUCGCCCAGCUGAAGAAGGAGCUCUCCGAGACGGACUCGGUCUACGACUCCGAGAAGCUGGCUGAGAGGAUCGCCAAGCUCUCCGGCGGAGUCGCCGUCAUCAAGGUUGGCGCCGCCACUGAGACCGAGCUGGAAGACCGGAAGCUGCGAAUCGAGGAUGCCAAGAACGCCACCUUCGCCGCUAUAGAGGAAGGCAUUGUCCCCGGUGGUGGGGCUGCCUUCGUCCACCUCUCCACCUGCGUCCCCGCCAUCAAGGACACGAUCGAGGACCCCGAGGAGCGUCUUGGCGCCGACAUCAUCCAAAAGGUAUGUGCAUUAUCCAAUUCCGUUCUUCUCCUCGAAUUCCGGUGGAAGCACUGACGGCGGGAUGAGCAGGCUCUGGUGGCGCCGGCGUCGCUGAUUGCCCACAACGCCGGAGUGGAAGGCGAGGUGGUGGUGGAGAAGGUGAAGGAGAGCGAGUGGGAGAUUGGCUACAACGCCAUGACCGACAAGUACGAGAACCUGGUUGAAAGUGGCGUCAUCGACCCCGCUAAAGUGACCAGAUGCGCCCUCCAGAACGCCGCCUCCGUCGCCGGCAUGGUUCUGACCACGCAGGCCAUCGUCGUCGAGAAGCCCAAGCCCAAGGCCCCGGCGGCCGCCCCUGGCCCCGGCUCCCUUACCGUCUGA